AUGACGCUUCUAUGGCUUGUUGCUGUGCUUCUUCCGGGCCCAUGGUGUGUUCUGGCCCAUCCUGGCAAUGACCUUUUCCUGCCACUCCGGUCCCGAGCAGUCAGCCCCGAUAAUACCUGCGGUGGCAGCAAUGGCUACACCUGCCCAUCCUCCAUGCCUUGUUGCUCGAAGUACGGAUGGUGUGGCAGCACCGCCGACUACUGCGGUACCGAAUGCCAGGCAACCUCGCUUCCAUGUUGUUCCCGCUAUGGAUUCUGUGGUUCAACUAGCGAGUAUUGCGCAUCUCCAGGUUGCCAACCAUCUUAUGGGACUUGUUCGGUCGCUGGAUCAGCAUCAAGCUCAACGGCUAUUUCAACCACUUCCCCAGACAAUAGCUGUGGUGGGAACAACGGUUAUAUCUGUCCGCCAAAUCUCCAAUGCUGUUCGAGGUACGGGUGGUGCGGAGUCUCAGACGAGUAUUGCACCAAUGGAUGCCAACCGGAGUUCGGAAACUGCAUUACCAGUACAGGAAGUCCGCAGCCCACAACGACAGCAGCUGUGGUCAACGUUCUACGUCCCAAGAUUGGCUCUGUUCCCUAUGGCUCAGUGAUCUACGAUUGCGAAGUAGCCGGCGAUAUUGCAAUCACCUUCGAUGACGGGCCUUAUAUCUAUACCUCUGAUCUUCUGGAUCUGCUUUCAAGCAACGGGAUCAAGGCGACAUUUUUCAUUGUUGGCAACCUACACGGUGCGAUCGACCAAACUCCAGACUGGACGUCCGUUAUCCAGCGCAUGAAUAGCGAAGGCCACCAUAUCGCCUCACACACGUGGACUCACCCAGAUCUAACAACUCUUUCUUCCGGCGAGAGGAAAGAUCAGAUGUACCAAAAUGAACAGGCGUUCGUGAACAUUCUUGGCAAGUUCCCAACCUAUAUGCGGCCUCCGUAUCUUGCAUUCGACGAUGCAUGCCAGCAAGACAUGUCGGACCUUGGGUACCAUGUGAUCUCGACUAACCUGGACACCAAAGAUUACGAGAAUGACUCGCCUACCCUGAUAGUGAAUUCGGAGGAUACUUUCAAUGACACCAUCACCCAGAACAGUCCAUCCUCUUCCAGCUUCAUCGUUCUGAACCAUGAUAUCCACGAACAGACGGUAUAUACUCUGGCUCAAUAUGAGAUCGAUAGAGCUAAAGCCAAUGGAUAUCGGCCCGUUACUGUGGGAGAGUGCUUAGGAGAUCCGGCGGGUAAUUGGUACCGUGCUGGACCAUGAAAAGACUAUGGCAACGAACUCGUAUCAACAAACGAUCCUUAUUCCUCGCACGUUAUGUAAUGAAGAUAAUUCUUCAAUUCCUUUGAUACUCGAAAGUCGAGAUAAAGUAGCGUUCUUAUCUACUGUACAUCUCCCCUACAAAUAUGCAAAGGGCGAGGUCACACCCGGCCAGUCAGUCGCGUUAGGAGAAGGAGUGGUAUGGGUAUCGAGUGCGUGGUCACAAGUGGGAGGAAGUCUUGAAACCCGAGGAGAGUGCGAAGGGAGAAU